CGCGCUCUCAAUCCUUCCACUCCAUUCAACCGAUGCUUAUAUUCAGCCGACUGUCUGCGAAAUCAUACAAUUCUAAACCCACAUCUACUUUUCUCUCACGAGCUUCCAACCUUUCUUUGAGACGACCAUUGGUCAGGACCUUCGCAAUCAUGGCUACCAACACGAGCUCCUACAAGCUGAAUCACUCGAUGAUUCGGGUCAAGGACCCAAAAGUCUCCGUGAAAUUCUACGAACUCCUUGGCAUGAAGCUCAUCAACAAAAUCGAGAACAAGGAUGCCAGGUUUGACCUCUAUUUCCUUGCAUACGACACUCCCAAAGCAGUCAACCACGGCAACCAUUGGACAGAUCGCGAGGGACUCAUCGAACUCACCCACAAUUAUGGCACGGAGAAUGACCCGAACUACAAGAUCGUGAAUGGCAACAGCGAGCCUCAUAGGGGAUUUGGACACACUUGCAUCUCGGUGGACAACAUACAAGCUGCUUGCAAGCGAUUAGAAGACGCUGGAGUCAAGUUCCAGAAGAAGCUGGCCGACGGGAAGAUGCACCACAUUGCGUUCGCAUUGGAUCCUGACAGUUACUGGGUUGAGAUCAUUGGCCAGAAGCCUGUCGAGGAGACAAAAAGUGUCACAGAAACCGAUGUGGAGACAUAUCGAAUGAACCAUACCAUGAUCCGCAUCAAGGACCCGGAGAUCUCGCUCAAGUUCUACCAAGACGUCAUGGGAAUGGACCUCAAACGAGUCACGGAGAGGACCGCGGGCGGCUUCAACCUCUACUUCCUGGGCUACGGACCACCAGCCGUGCAAUCCGCGAACGGCCACAAUCCUGUUGCAGACCGCGAGGGCCUACUGGAGUUGACAUGGAACUAUGGAACGGAGAAAGAUCCAAACUUCAAAUACCACGAUGGCAAUGCGGAGCGGCAAGGAUUUGGCCACAUUUGCAUCUCAGUGGAUGACUUGGACGCUGCUUGCGCCCGAUUCGAGGAGAAAAAGGUCAACUGGAAGAAGAGGCUCACAGAUGGCAGGAUGAAGAACAUUGCCUUCGUUCUCGAUCCUGAUGGCUACUGGAUUGAGGUUGUUCAGAACGAGAAGCUCAAGAACCGAAGCAACUGGUGAUUGAGUUACCAGACGUCGAGAUCCAGCAACAUUCAUCAGAUUGACUCAGGCAUCCAACUUUGCAUGCAUUGGAUAGCUCAAGGAGUCGGUAUCCUAUGUAGCUUCUUUUACCGAAUGGACAGCCUAGAAAUGAUUACAAUGCCUUGCCAUAGAAAUCCGUACACCUCCCUGCGACUGUCUAUGGGGCUCCAACGUUCUAAUAGAAACGGACAUAGUUCCAAUCUGCGGCCUCCCCAUUGACGCUGUCCGGGGUAGCCUCGCGAGCUUACAAAGGUACUAGAAGUCCAAAUGCCGAACUUCUACCUUAUUCGGAAUGCUGAAAAUACUAUGAGGCUCCUCAUGCAGCCGUAAACGAGUGUACGGAUUCCUAUGACGAGGCACUGUAUUGUCUUCUCUUUAGCCA